AUGGAAACUUAUAUGAUUUCUAUACAAACUGAUGAAAGCUUUAAUGAAUCAGAAGAAAAAGAAAUCCAAUGGCAUAUCUCUUCACCAGAAAAUAGCAUGAAAGAAGACGAUAGACGAAAUGAUCAAAAUUUACAAGGAAAAUAUUAA